CCAGGGGGCGCUGUAGCCGCGGCCGGACUGCGGCCUCCCGGUGCCGUGCGAACGGCGGCCGCGCGGUGUCGGGGCGGCGGAAGCGGAAGCGGUGGCUCCGCCGCCGUUGGGCCGCGCGGUUGUCGCCAUGCCGGGCCGCGGGGGUUGCCGCGUACCGGAGCGGUGGACCGACUACGUCCCGCUGGGCCGGAGGCUGCCGGGUACCCGCUUCAUCGCCUUCAAGGUCCCCCUGAGGCAGAGUUUUGAUCACAAGCUUCAUCCAGAGGAGAGAUUUUCACCUCGUGACCUCAUUAAGAAAAUUAAAGAGCAAAGGGAAGAGCUGGGCUUGAUCAUUGACCUGACAUACACAACUCGCUACUACAGGCCAGAGGAGCUACCAGCCACACUCUGCUACUCAAAGAUCUUGACAAUGGGACAUGAAAUACCAAAUAAUCAGACCAUUUUUCAAUUCAAGAGUGUUGUAAAAAAUUUCUUGAGAGACAAUAAAGACAACGAUAAACUUAUUGGAGUGCAUUGCACACAUGGCUUGAACAGAACUGGCUACCUGGUUUGUAGGUACCUGAUUGAUGUUGAAGGCAUGGAGCCAAAUGCUGCAAUAGAGUUGUUCAACAGAGCUCGAGGGCAUCCUAUUGAGAGAAUGAACUAUAUUGAAGAUCUUCAGAAAAGAUCUGGAAAGAAGAAUUGCGGACUAAAGAAUUUGGGCUUGGACCUCCUCAAGGGAAAAGCAGACGCUACAUCAAACACGAGAAAGCAGAUGGUUGAACAUCACCCGCACCAUUCAGAACAAUUCCCGUUAGCAAUGCCGAGAAACUCUGGCUGUACCAAGAAGAACCGCAAGCAAGGUCACAAGGCACCCACACAACACCAGGAACUUGUGCACAAACACAGGGUGGCUGAGCAAAGGUGGCCUUGCAGUUUGGGACCAAGAAACUGUCCGGUUUCGUUGCCUUACAACAUGCAGCACAACAGACUGUGCUUCCCAGCUCCGAGUUCCCAGCACCAAUCACAGGAAAUGCACAUGGCCAGGAAACGCAGGCGGUGGCGUAGGAAACCUGUGACAGUGUAGAAACAUACACCAAAAGCCAGAGCUGUUUUUUUCACCCAGGAGGAGCUCUGCGGCUGGUUGAAUGAGUGAGUUUGCUGUGGCAUCCACCAGCUGCUGAGCUGGAUGUUGGGAACUGCAAGUGAAGGUGUUCGUAAGACCAGUACAGCUCUCCUUUUUUUCCUUCCUUUUUCUUUUUUUUCUCUUUUUUUUUUACCCUUUCUCUGGGUACUUUUUACAACUGACAUAGAAUUUUUGAAAUCCUGUGUUCAAAUACCAGCCUCCUCAGUUUAUCGAGAGAUGCAGAGAAUAAAUGGAAUUGGAUUGGUCGUAAA